CACUCCGGGCUUCGGGACGUGUCCGCUUCGUUGUGUAAGUAGUGGUAAGUGGUGAGUUAGGUGAGUAUCGCAAUUGUUGGUAGCAGCCAGGCGUAACCAAGAGCGAUUGUACGGUUGACGGUGACAUAAAACUACGGAAAUUUCCACCGAUCGUGAUGCAGGAUACAAAGAGAUUGCAAGAGUUUAUGGAGCUGGUUGGCCGGCUAAAGCACAUGAAAAGGACGGGAUGGGUGAAACGGAAUAUACCUGAUCCUGAAACAAUUGCUGGACACAUGUAUCGAAUGGCGAUGUUAUCGUUCCUGGUGGAUGGAAAAGAAAAUUUAGAUAAAACUAAAAUAAUGCAAAUGACGUUAAUCCAUGAUUUAGCUGAAUGUAUUGUGGGAGACAUAACACCUUACUGUGGUGUACCACCAGAUGAAAAACACAGACGAGAAGAUGAAGCUAUGGAGAACAUUUGUAAGCUGCUGGGUGAUAAAGGACCUGAGAUAUUACAAAUAUUUCGUGAAUAUGAAAAGCAGGAAUCUCCUGAAGCACAGUAUGUAAAAGACCUAGAUAGAUUAGAUUUACUGAUGCAAGCGUAUGAAUACGAGAAAAGGGACAACAUUCCGGGAAAGCUGGAUGAGUUCUUCGUCGCGAUUAAUGGCAAAAUUAGACAUCCCUUUAUCAAUAAAAUCGCCAUUGACAUAAAUGAAGAGAGAGACAAGUUAUGUCGUAGUAUGAAUAUCUCGAAAUAACAAAAGUCAAUCUAAGAAUAAAAAAUUGGAAGAAGUUUCCAGAUAGCUCAAAUGAUAUUUUAAACAUUAGAUCGGUUACUAUGUCGCGCUUAGACAACGACUAUUAAUGUUGCACUUAAUUUUAAGAUUUUGAUAUAGGUUUGUAGAUAGUAUAAAAAUAUAUAUAUAUGAACACAUAAUAUAUAAAAUAAGCAUAUAUAAAAUUCUAAUUAUCUAAGUUGUUUGACCAUUCGUUGCACAGAAUUGAAUCGUGUAAGGUGUUUAUUUAUGUUUGUUUUUUAACAUUAUGUAUUUUAUAUUUUACUUUCUAAACAUUAAAUUAAUAGUUAUUAUUUUCUUAUUUAAAGUAUUGCGGAGUGUAAAAUGUGUAUUUUACAUAUCUCAAUAAUAUUUAUUGCAGUUAAUUUUCGAUGCAGUAAAGUUACCAAAUAUUACUUUCUAGACAUUAUUUUACAAAGAGAAGAAAGUUUAAUUUAGGAAAGAUAAUAGAAGAGAUGUUGAUAUUAGUCUAACAGUGGAUACUAGCACUUUUAUGUGCAGUUUAAAGGAAACUAAGAAAUGUAUCUAUUUUUUUUUAAUGUGUAUACAAAGAAUUUCCAUUAAUUCGUUCACAUUUUGCUUCUUUUUGUGUUACUUUGAUGCAAUUAGAUAAUUUUUAAAAGUUAUUUUGUUUUACGAAUGUAAUAAUGUAUUAUAAUAUACGUUUUUUGUGCAAAACUGUAUUUUAUUAUAUUGUACCUUUUAUUUUUCAAAUUAAUGUAAUAAAUUAAUGUAAAAUAAAUUAAUAAACAUUUAUAACAUUUAUUAAAUUUUUAAGCAAGUAUUGAUGAAAUCGUGUUUCUAAAGGCUAAUUUGCAAUGUUUUUUAUGUUUUUACUUUUUGCUUAUUAGCAAAGAAUUACCAGCCUUAAAUAGUUAUUUAAUAUCAAUACAUACAAUUUUUAUUUCCAUUUUUUUGUUAGUUUUAUGUGAUUAUAAUGUUAAAAAAUAUAAUAUUAAAUAAUUAUAAUAUUGUAUUUUUUACACAAUGUAUGAUAUAUAUCAAUAGUAAGAUCUGUUUAUAAAAAAUAUACAUGAAAACAUUGUUAUUGAAUCCAUCUGUAUCAUUUGUAUCGUAUUGAUACGUAUUGAUACGUUAUACUAUUUAAAUAUCAAUAGUAAAGACGAUGCAAUUAUAAAGAAAGUAAUUGAAAUGUAAAAUGUAUUAUUUCUAAAUAUAUUAUAAAUGUAUUAGUGAAUCGAA